GACAGUCAAACCCCUCUCCCCUAAAGAAGUCAUCCAGAUUCAUGUCCCUCAGCUUCUGGACAGGAACGAUGGAUCCUUCCUCAUGCGAUAUCGGAUGUAUGGAAGUGUCAUGGGAGGGUUAAAGGUGGAGAUUCUUUAUGGAGAUGCCCAUGUAGCUCAGUCUCCCUAUAUCUUAAAGGGUCCAAUUUAUCAUGAAUAUUGUGAAUGUCCAGAAGAAGACGCUCAAGUUUGGGAGAAAAGUCUUUCAUGCCCAUCAGAGGAAUCUCAGGUUACUGAAGACUUCACUGCAUUUCCUACCAUCGACCUUCAGCGGAUGCUUGAUGAGGUCCCACCAAGGUUUGGCCAAAAGAUGGGAGCCAUUGUUCAUUACACUGUCCUCAGUAAUCGCAUUUAUCGUCGGUCCUUGGGGAAGUACACUGACUUCAAAAUGUUUUCAGAUGAGAUGUUGCUAUCGUUGGCAAGGAAGGUUCAUCUCCCUGAUGUAGAGUUUUAUCUUAAUGUUGCGGACUGGCCCGUUGAGCAUCGAAAAGCAAAUGAAACCCCUGGGCCUCUGCCUGUCCUUUCAUGGUGUGGGUCCAUGGAUUCAGCAGACAUAGUGCUUCCGACCUAUGAUGUCACCCACUCAACCCUUGAAGCUCUGCGUGGCGUCACAAACGACCUCCUGUCAAUUCAAGGAAACACCGGACCUGUGUGGAACAACAAAACCGAACAAGGAUUUUUCAGAGGUCGAGAUAGCCGGGAAGAACGCCUUCAGCUGGUGCAACUCUCCAAGGAAAACCCAGAACUCCUGGAUGCUGGAAUAACAAGUUACUUCUUCUUCAGAGAAAAGGAGAAGGAGCUGGGAAAAGCUCCCUUGAUGGGGUUCUUUGACUUCUUUAAGUACAAAUAUCAAGUGAGCGUUGAUGGCACCGUUGCAGCCUACAGGUUCCCAUACCUCUUACUGGGUGACAGUCUUGUGAUCAAGCAGGCCUCACAAUACUACGAGCACUUCUAUAUGGAGCUGGCACCAUGGAAGCAUUACGUUCCGGUUAAAAGGAACUUACAAGACUUGCUAGAAAAAAUAAGAUGGGCCAAGGAAAAUGAUGAAGAAGUCAGAAAAAUUGCUAAGGAAGGGCAAGUAGCCGCAAGAGAAUUAUUGCAGCCUCACAGGUUUUACUGCUACUAUUUCAAAGUAUUCCAGAAAUAUGCUGAACGCCAAGCCGGUAAACCUGAAAUACGGGAUGGAAUGGAAUUUGUACCUCAGCCUGAUGACAGGGCUUCAAUCUGCGACUGCCAUAGGAAAAAGCCUUCAAGGGAAGAGCUAUAAGUAAACUGUGCCAAAUGGUAUCAAGCUUAGCUUGUUGCAAGAGUGAUGCAAGACUUUUAAUAACAUUUAAAGCUGUGAAAUCUGGCAUGGGGAAAUAUUUACAGUGCAAACCUAUACAUGUCUAUUCAGAACAAGUAAUCCUUACUGAGUUUAAUAGGAUUUAAACCCAGGAAAUGAAAGCUUGCAUAAAUCUGCCAAAACUUGAAUAGAGUUCAGUCAUGGAAUUGAAUA